AUGUCAUCAUUAAAAAAUUGUUUUGUCAAUUUAAAUAUAUUUCAAUCAUCUGAUGACUUAACAACAGAUGAAGAAAAAGAACAUGAACGUCGAUCAAAUAUUAUUUCAACUCGAAUCUUUUUUAUUGUUUUUAUCUUCGUUCUAAUUGAACUCGCUAUUAUUAUGAAAACAAGGAAUCAAAAUACACUAAUAACAGUUGAAAAUCCAAGUGAAGAUCAAUUCAAACAUUUACCAUCUGAUGCUCAUUGUCCAUGUUCUCAUAUAUCAUUGUCUUAUGGAGAGUUUAUUUCAAUUCAAACUCGAUUUCAUCAGAUAUGUUCAAGUGAUUUUAUAUCUGAUCGAUGGAUUAAAACAAUUAAUUUUGGUUUAAACACAACGUAUUUUUCCGCUUAUGACUUUCGAACAGAAGGAAGUGCAAUAUUUCAAUCACUCGAAAGUUUUUGUCGACUUUCAAAAGGUUAUUCUAUUCAAAGUAUUGAUUCAUUUAAUAAAGAUUUAUUUAUAAGUCAAGAAGUUUUAAAAGAAUCUGUAUUUCAAUCACAAAUAAAUGCCAUUAUUCAACAAUUUGAAUUAUCAUCACCUAUUGAAUUCUCAACACAAGUAGCAUUAAUAAGAAAAAUGAUAGCCGGAAAUCGUUUUCUAUCUGCUCUACAGACUAAUUAUAUGCAAUGUUUCUAUUUAUUAUUAAAGAAAGAUCUUCAACAAAAAACAAUUUAUCAACCAUCGGAAUUUCAAUUUAAAGAACUCGAAAAAAUUUAUUCUUCAAAUCUUUUUUGCCCAUGUUUAACAAUCUCAAUGAGUUAUUCAACUUUUGUUACGAUUGAAUCUUACUUUCAUCAAGUAUGUUCAAGUGAUUUUAUGUUAGAUGCAUGGAUUAAUUAUAUCAAGGGUGAUAACAUGGUGAACGAUUAUUUUCCAAUGUUUGACUAUCGAAAUUCUGGUGUAUUACAAUUUCAGUUAUUGUCAAUGUUAUGUCAACAUGCUCAACAAACAGUUAAAAUUAGUAUCAAAACAUUUCUUCAAACACAAUUUCUUUCUUCACAAGUUAUUUCUAAAAAUCGAUUUGAAACUAAAAUUAAUUCAUCUAUUAAUGAUUGGAAAUCUCAAACCAUCGAUCAAUUCUUACAAACAAUUAAAAUAUUUCAAGCAGUAUCACACGGAAAUCAACUUAUGAAUCGAUAUUUCGAUAAUUCUCUUGGAUCAUCUUUUAAUUUUUCAAAUUUAAAUGAAAAUCUUAGUCCACCGAAUGAAACAAUCGGAUCAAUUAUCAAUAAACUUAUGAUUGAUUCUUGGACAUCGAAUAUUUUAUUUUCUUCAUAUUAUAAUACAUGUUCUCCACCAUCAUGUACAUAUGAAUAUAUUAGUCGAAAUGAUUUAUUCUUUGCUAUAUCAACAAUUCUUGGUAUUUUUGGUGGUUUAUCUCUUGGAUUAAAACUACUUAUUUUAAUUAUUCUUCGAUUUAUUGAGAAUACAAUUAAUAAUAAUUCUUUUAAUGGAUUUAUAACAAUGAUAAAGAGGUUAUUCGAUUGUAAUACAGAACAACGUAUUAUUAAUCGACUUCAUUUUGUUUUUCUUUUACUAAUAUUAUGGUUAGUAUUUAUAUUUUUUGCUUUUAAACCAAAAUCAGUUACUGUCCAAAUAAUAAAACCAUCACUUUCAAAUUAUAAAGAUUUCUUAAAAGAUCAUUCUUAUUCUCUUCAAUGUCCUUGUUCACAAGUAUCCAUUCCAUAUGAAACAUUUCUUAAUAUUGAACCUCAUUUUCAUGAUUUAUGUUCAAGUCAAUUUAUUCUUGAUGAAUGGAUUCAUUAUAUCUAUGGUGAAGGUCAUCUUUCUUAUCGAUUUUCAUCCGAUGAUUAUCGUUAUUCAGCUCCUGGACAAUUUCUUUCACUUUCUUCACUUUGUAAACUUAGUCAAGAAAAAGUAAAUCAUACUCUUUCGCAAUUUCUGAAAAGUUACUUUAUUAAUGCUCAGCUUUUAUCUGAAAAUCUUUUAAUUGAAAAAAUUGAAAUAAUUUUAAAACGACUUCAAUCAACAGCAUCCAAUUCAUUUCUUAAUAAUUUUAAUUUAGUUCGUGAAAUAAUUGGUUCGAAUAUGAUUAUGAGUGGAUGGAUCACUAAUUGGGAAUAUGUUCCUGAAAGUACAUUUUCUGAUGGUUUACUUGUACAUACAGCACCUGUAAGUUAUGGUGAGUGUAAUUGUGGAUUAUCAUUUAAAUGCACUCAAUCAUCAGGAGGUAUGAUGAGUGGUUGUUAUCCACUAGAAUCUAUUCUUCAAACAAAACUUUACUGUUUUUAUGAUCAAAAUUGUAUUGAUUCAAAUGGAAAUUUUACAAGUUUAAAUAUAUCAACGUUGAAAAAAAGUCAAUUUAAUUUAAAUUCAACAGUUCAAUUAAUUUUAAAUAAUUUAAUGAUUGAAGAGUAUAAAAGUGAUUUAUCAUAUGAAAAUUAUUUUAAUCAAUGUCGACCAUUAUCAUGUUCAUAUUCUUAUAUUAAAACUCAUGAUGUAACUGAAACAGUAAUAUCUCUCAUUUCUCUUUAUGGUGGAUUAGUUAUUAUAACUCACUGUUUAGCAAUUAUUUUUGUUAAAAUUUAUCAACAUAAAAAAAAUCAAAUUAAUCCCGAAGCUCUUCAACAAAAUAUUUAA